GGGGAAAGAAUUGGGAGACAUCCAAGACCUUUGUCAGUGAUGGGGGAAUUUAAUGCUUGUCCGGACAAUUGUGGUCUAGUGGAGAUGAGAGAACAUGGUAGACAUAUGUCUUGGUGUAAUGGUCGAAUUGGUCAAGCUUGGAGUUGGGCAAAGCUAGAUAGGGUGGUGAAAGAGCCGAAGCACAAGGUAGGACUUCGGAAGUUGGCUGCUAAAUUGAGGGAAAAAAAAGGAAAAACAGUGCUCGCCUUGCAAUCUUGGAAUAAACAAGUCUUUGGACAUGUUACUUAUCACAUUAAAGAGCUGGAAGAAAAAGUUGAGAUGCUAGAAAAGCAGUGGCAAAGUCGCUUUGUUCUGGAUUUAGAGGCUAAGUUUCUUACCACUAAGAAAAGGGAAAAACUGAGACUAGCAGCACAAGCAAAGAAGAAAUGGCUUAUAGAUGGAGAUCAAAAUUUAAAAUUCUUUCACUCAGUUGUUAAUCAACAGAAAAGGACUUCACAGAUCUCUUCCAUGCAAUUGCCUGAUGGAACAGUGUUGGCUUCACCAAAAGAGUGGAGGAGAGUAGUGGAACCAACGGAAAAAGAGGUGAAAGAUGCAAUUUUUUCCAUACCAUCAAAGAGUAGUCCUGGGCCAAAUGGAUUUGGCGCUGGCUUUUAUACAUCGUGUUGGGACUUAGUAAAGGUGGACAUGGUGGAGGCAGGGAGAGAAUUUUCCAGGGACAGCCCCUAUCCCUAUUUUACAACUCCUCUUUCAUUGUCCUAA